GCCCCUCCUCCGGUAGCUCUUAGCUCAAAAACAAGUGAACCGAGGAGCGGCUGAGGGAGAAUGGCAGAGAGGGAGAGGCGGAGGGCUCGAGGUGGUCUCCGCUGAUGCUGCUGCUUGGAUUCGUGUCGGCUAAAGUUAGACUAAAGGUAAACGCACCGCUCACAGUUAGAAAUAAUGGUUAAAUGUCUCACCUUGCUGCUCGGUAUCGGAGAACCAAGAGGAAAUUAGUAUUAAUGUAUGCUCACGUGCUAAAAAAAAAUGUAAGGCGCGCGUGAAAUAAACUUUUCGCUUUUACAGAUUGUAUAGUUCUAAAAGGCAAAUGAUGUAAGAUUACUUAUAUGAACGAGAAAACAUCUGUAUUUGCUCAAUGAUUAAAAACGACCAAUUAAUAAACGUAACUACAACUUGACAUUAUUUAAAUACAGGCAAUGAAAAUAGAAAUGGGAAGAAAUUAACCAAUGAAACCAAUGGGAAACAUAGUAUUAUGACUGUGUGUGUCUUAAUAGCAAUGUGUUAAAUCACUUUCAAGUUUCCUGCAUGUCUGGAGUACUCCUGAAUCCAUUUAUAUACAUUUCUUAUUGUAUCAUACAGUGGUUAAAAAGGCUGGUUUAACUGCAGCAUAUGUAUGUGAUUUCAUUAAUCUAAGAUAUCUUGUUUUUCUGGCCACAAUGGCACUGAAAUUAAAUACAUUUUUGUCAGAACUCCGGAAAACAGGUUCUUUAUAUAGUUAUAUGUUCCUCUUUCUGGAUAUAAAAAGCCAGGAAAAAAAGCCUGUUGAUACUGACAGGCUGUGUAGAUUCUUCCUUUUUUGGGGGGCCUGUUUUUAGGGGGUUGGCCCAAAGACGUUUUUAUGAAUGCCCUGUUGCCAUAACAUAAGAGUCCAAUAUGCCAUGAUGAUAGGCUGUUAACCUAUAUGAAUAGCUUUUCUGUCAGGGCCCUAAUCUCUCUCUCUCUGCCUCAUAAUGCUCUAGUUGUCUGCAUGUACUUAAGCCAUCUCUGUGGUUUUAAAUGUGCCACCGUGAAAUAAAACUAUAUAGGCCAGAGGUGAGUAAUACAGAUCAGACAGAUACUCUAAAGCCUGUCUGCAGUUGUUUGUUAUGCAGACACUCAUAUUGCAGAUAGAAAGGCCAGGCUUCAUAAGCCAGACCAGGUUUUGGCAUCUGAUAUUCCUACACCACAGAAUAAAAUCUGUUGGUGUGGCUACCCUAAAGUCUGCUGCCUUAAACCAGAGGAAUGUGCUGUUGAUGCUCAAUGAGUUAGAUGCAAGUUCGGAAAUUUGGAUCAUACAGAGAAUUUUUUUUCUUCACCAAAAUUUAAUUUUUUUGUUGUUGUUGCAGUAUUUGCCAAAAAAAAUAUCUUCUUAUCAAGCAGCCAACAAAAGGUUGGUUUGAGGUAACGGAUUAUUUAACUCUUCUUUUUAUACAAGUAGUCAUGCCCUGCUUAUUCAUUUUAUGUUAUCAUGAACACAUUUUCCCAUCUUCCUUAAUCUCUUGGCUCUGCAUUUCCUCUUUUUUUUUAAAAUGAAACCACUUCCUUUCUGUUCAUACAAGGUCUUUACAAACUCUUUAAAAAUGCAUAGGGCAUGGAUUUUUUUCUCCCCCCUUUGUAUUGGUUUACUGUAACAAUGUGGUCCCAGGAGACACACAUGUUCCUUUCAAGAAUAAGUAGAGGAUCUAUUGCCCCGUCUCUGUAAGUCAGCUAUACUGUGUAGAGAGAGAGCAAGAGCAGAGGUCUGUUUUAUAAACCUUGUAGAGCAGUCAAACCUAUCAUUAGAUACAAGGGCAAUGACUUCACUGCUGGCCUGCUGUGCCUAUUAUGGACCAACUGAGCUCGAACCACUUACUUAGUACAGGAAGACUUUAUAAGAGGAUGCUGGGCAGAAGGUCUGCUUUAGCUGCUGAUGUGUUCAGUGUUUGCUUUACCAUUUAGGAGGCUGCCUAGAGUACAGACUUUGUGCAGUUCAUUUGCUAAAUGUUUUGUACAUGUCUCGAUGUGGCUCUCGAUGUUAAUGUUCUGUAUCUCAAUAUUAAUGAUGUUGAAAAUUGAUAUUGAAAACGUGGUAUUGUGCUGCUGUAAAAGAGCAAAUCUUUCAAGCAAUCAUUAACACCGCAUCUUAAAUGUAAUAAGCCCUGAGGAUGGGAGGUGGGAAAUUGCUGAUUCAUUUACACCUCUGUGUUGUCGUCGUCGUUGUCACUAUGGAAACAAUUUGUUCCUGUUAAAUGAAAAUCCUGAAUGUGUGUUCCCUUAGUGUGCUGAUCCUUUGUUAGUUGAUUGGUGGAGGUUGAAUUUUAAAUUGAAUCUGGUUUACAGGCUGAAGGAGAUAGUUCCUUUACUGUGGUUCAUUUAACAUUCAGUCUUUCUGAGAUAUAAUCUAUCCUUUCAUUCAGCCAAGUCUUUCAUGUCAAAGUUGAUGCACAGCCACACUGUCACAUGUCAACUUCAGUUUGAUCUCUUGUCAAUUGCUGACAACAGAUGGCUGCCAGUGGUCAGUGAAUCCAUCACAACUUUCUUUUCUCUCCACCACAGUUAUACCCAACCUCAAAGACAUCAGUGGAUUGAUAAAAAUCCUCUGGGAUCCACUUUCUUAAAAGAAGCCUACAACAUAGGUAACAACAAAUGAGGCCACAAACAGGGAACAGAUACCUAUUUUUAUUUUGACACAUCUUUUGUACCAAGCGGACUAAAUGGAUGCGUUCAAAGCUCCUCAGAUAACAGUGGACAGAGCUUGUGUCCUGGAGGAAGCAGAAUGUGGAGCAGACAUGGACCUGCCUGCAGAUGACCAUCUUAUGAACUUGAAGGCCUUGACUGAGAAAUUAAGACUGGAGACCAGGAGGCCGUCUUACCUGGAGUGGAAAGCCCGUCUGGAGGAAGAGAGCUUCAAAGAGCCAGGAAAUGGAAAAGGCUUAAGCCAAGUUGAAUCCAAAGAGAAAGUGGUCACAUCUAAAGAGAGAGCAGUGGACUCUGAUGUGAUUCAGUGCAAGCUGCCUUCGGGUGUGAAGAUGGGAUUUGGAAACAUGGAUGAAGCUCUCACUUGGCUGAGAAGAGAACUGGUAAGAUAAAGUUUAAUGUUUUCAUCUAUUUUUGAGUAUGAAGAAGUUGUCUGGAAGUUUUGCAUCUUAGAUGUGGUUUAUUUUGCACCCACUGGGUGAACUCUAUUAAAAAACCUUAAUUUCAAGAUUUCAAGAUUUAAAUCCACACUUUUUAAUCUGAAGAGCUGUAUACUUUUACAGCCAAACGCUAUAUCUGACAUGAAGUUCCUGCUACUUAGCUAAUAAGAUUUUAACAAAGAACACAAUGUUGUCAAUUACUGGCCAGAGGAAUCCUAUUCACAUAAGUGAGUGAGAUUGAUUGGGGCUCUGCAAAUUGCAUCAGACGAUCACUUUCUGCAAGUGUAAUCAUUUUCACUGUGCCCAAUUGCUCUGCACAUUUGCUCACAGUUCACAGGCUACAAUUGAGCACGCAAAGAGAGGCUAUCAGAGGCAGAAUCAUACUCAUUGGACAGGAGAGUGGAUGUCUUUACACAGAUGUUAGUCUGUCUACAGUGAAUGAAAAAGGAUGAAAGUGAGGUAGGGUGAGAUGGGAAACUCUUGCUGUUGUAUCACUGUGAGUGUCUUAGAUUUACUUACACACAAAGAAGACUUGGCAGCAGUAGCAAGGAAGACAUACCUAAUAACCAGGGGUGGGAGAAAAAAUCUAUACAGCAUAGUAUCGCGAUAUUUUGUCUUGUGAUAUAUUGUAUCUUCUCAUUUACCAAGUAUCGAUUUUUCAAAUUAAUUGCUAAUAUGAAGUCAAAUAUAUGAUAAUUGAAAAAUAAAAUCAGCUGUUUGUCCAGUGAGAUUUACAGAGGCGACAUCAUAGAGCCGGAGAAAGUUUGGGCAACAAAUAUAUAAAAGGUUUGCAAGAUGUACGACAUGAAAGUAAAAUACAGUAUAAAUAAGACAAACAUAAAGGAAAGACAAAUGCUAAAUUAGCUAAGCAGUUGAAAAAAAUUGUAUGAAUUGCAAUAUAUUGUAUUGCAAUACUCACUGUAUUGCAAAAUGUUAAAAAGUAUCGUGACAAUAUUAUAUCGUGGGGCCACUAGUGAUUCCCACCCCUACUAAUAACAGGCAGAAACCUCAAACAGAACAAAGAUCUUUGGUGGAAAGCCAUCUGCCACUUCUCAUGGAGUCUUCAAAGUAGGAAUGAAGAAGUAACUUAAAAAGAUGAACUUUAAAAAAAUGCAACAAAUAACUCACUUGUGAAUAGAUAAGUAUUUGAUUUACAGUCAAAGUCAAACACUGGCAAUUUGAACAGGUGCAGAGAACAACAACAGCAACACCUAUGGCAGGUCCUUUUCCCUGUAACCUUUCAGUUGGCCUCCUCUUCUCAUCUAACCAGUCUUGUUACACUCUAGCCCAUACUUCGUCAUGGUUUGUGAAAGCUUUGUGUCUUUAUUUUGGUUGGCGUCUCUUCCACUUUAGUCUUGCUUUGUUUUAUCCUCUUACACUGUUUCUUUUUGUCUUCUAUUCCUGCCGGUGUCUGGUCAGCUAUCAACCGUGAAUCUAAAGUCUUGUUCUCUCAGAGAAAAUUGAUUGUCAUCUUAGAAAUAUUCUACAUGGUGUUCACAGAUGCAAUGAGGAAAUAACAUUUUCCCACACUGUCAAGAGAAAGAAGUGAAACCAUAAGCUGUGUAAAUAUGCCCAACCCCUUCUCAUGGCUAACGCACUUGCUCUUCAGAGUAAUAAACCAUUAUUCUGGGGUUUUCACUGAUUAGAAACAAGUAUUUUACACAGACAGGUGAUUAGUAAGAAAGCUGAAUAAUAAUGUUUUCCUAUUCUCUCCAUCAGACAGACAUGCGUCUGCAGGACCAGCAGCUGGCCAGGCAGCUCAUGCGUCUCCGCAACGACAUCAACAAGCUGAAGAUAGAGCAGACGUGCCACCUGCACCGCCGUAUGCUCAACGAUGCCACCUUUGGCCUGGAGGAGCGUGACGAGCUGUCAGAUCUGCUGUGCGAAUGUCCGGUCACCCCAGGGCUUGGCCUCUCUGCUCCGCUGAGACUCAUUGGUGUUACCAAGAUGAACAUUAACUCCCGUCGUUUCUCACUCUGUUAGUGUAAGUGAGGCACUUUAGACAGAAAUUACUGAAAAUGAAACAAAGUGAUUGAGUGACACAGAUUUGACUGAGUGUUUCAUUAAGAAAAUAUACAGUUUUAGUAACCCAUAGUGGCAGCUACAUUCAGAAACCUCUGUCUACAAGUCGAAGCUUGGGACCAGCUGACUUGAAACACUUAACAUGCAGCCUCUCAUGCUGCAAAAAACAGAAAAAAUGUGUUUUCUCCUCAACCUUUUAAGUCUUUUUAGCUACAGAAUUAACUUGUAUUUUAACAUAUACUUUCUAUGCUUUUUCCUACGCUAGACAAGAUUUAUCACGCUCAAAAUAAUAAUUGAAAUAAUGCUAUAUUUACUGCACACUGACCUCUGAACUGGAUUUUAACAUGAUGGUUUUGUGCUUUUAACAUAGACUGUAUAUAGAAUGGACUCCAUCUGCCUGAAGCCACUGUGAGAACAGCACCCUCUGGUGUUGAGCUGCAGUAUAGGUCAUAAAUCCCGCCUUCACCAGCAAUCAUUAUGGAGCUGUGGACAAAUUUUAGAAAUUUAUUACACAGAAUAUAAUUUUUUUUCCCCCCUGUUUGCGAUGUUGACAUGUAGUUAUUGUAAGACUGGUUUGUGCUCAAGUCCUCUUUUUUUUCUGUGCAGCUCUAUUUUUAAGAGUUAUUAGGGGGUUCAUGUUUUCUAUGAUUGACACUUGAUACAGCCUAUGGGCGUACGAAGAUUGCGUAGCUCACCUGGGAGAUACGCUGUUUGAGCCGAGUGACUCCCUGCGACUCUACCGUCGAAUGCGUACAAAGCUACUGCGCAUGUGGUGGAGUGCAUACAACGCAACUGCGCAAUUUUGGUUUUAGGAAGUGGAGAAAAAACCCAGAAAUAACAAGAGCAAUUUGGCUUCAAAUCCUUAUAAUGGCAGAAGGCGGAACCAAGUUGUCCAUAGUAUAUACAGUCUAUGGCUUUUAAUAAAUGUCUUAAUGUCAAUUCAGAUUUUAAUCUAUACUAGUUUUUAUGUGAUGCAUAUUUCAGUAAGAAAGGAGGGGUUUCAGUUUUGUAAACAUUGUUUUUGAAUAUAACUAUAACGAUCUACUCUUUGCUACGGCUGUAUAAGUUGGCUUCAAGGCUUGUUUUGCAGUUUCCCUUCACAAUUAAGGGUGUAUUCAGGUCUCGUUUGGAGCUUUGUCCAUUUUAUGCUCUACAUCCCGGUCUGAAAAUAACCAUUUAAGAUGACGUCUGAAUAAAACAACUGGCUGAGUUUUGUGGAUAAACACUGGAUUGUCCUUCUUUGAGAUUUCUGUAUGACCUGCAUGAGAAGACAAAUGGAGCUUGUUAGGAGCCUUUUUGUUUUGUCGGCAGAAAAGAUGAGAGUUUUAAUCAGAGGUUACUUUUCCUUGUCUCAUCACAGUGGUUCGUACAGUAAAGUACCUCAUAACAACCACAUAUAAAAGAAGGUCAAAUUUGUUUCUACCAGUACCGAACAGUUUGGCUUCAUUUACAGACAUAAAACUUUUGUUUUGUCUCAAUUUGCACAAUGAAUGGUGAAGCACAAGAAAAAAUAACUGAACAGUCAGCUUGCUCUUAUGUAAGCCUAUAAUAGACUGUACAAUAACUUCAACUAGUUUGGUACAAUGAAGUAUUUUGAAUAAGUCACUGUCAGUGCUAUAUGACUUCACAAAUGUACUGUAAAUAAAGAGUCUAUUAAAAUGUUUAAUGUGC